AUGGACCGAAAAAGAAAAUCCACAUUUGCGACGAGUGAGGAUGACAAGAAGAGACAACAUAAGAUUUCCCGCCCCAGAGCUUCAAGGGGAGCAGUACACCCGGGCAGUGCUCCGAUCAAACAAGGUGGAAUCCCAGAUCGCCUGAAUAAUGCGUACGGGCUGGAUGUCAAUGGGAUUGCUCCAGCCGUCAAACAAGCGCUAUUUGGUCUGGAUAAGGCUCUGCGUCAUGCAAAAUCACAGCAACCCAAGACCGAUGUUGCGGAGCCGAGCACAAUCCGCCCUGAGCCUAGCCUACCUACCUUACCACCCAUUUGUGAUCGGACACUCGAAAAAGCUGUUUUUACACACCCCGGCAUUAACGGAAAUAUUGAGGCGACUUAUGACCGACUUGAAAUUCUCGGUGACGCCUACAUUGAGCUUUUUGCUACACGACUAAUAUGGGAUCGGUUCCAUCAAAUCCCUUCAGGCCGGAUAUCGCAGCUCCGGGAACUUCUUGUGAAAAACGAGAGUCUCGCGGAGUAUGCAAUACAGUACGGUUUUGAUAGAAAAGCUAAUAUCCCACAAGACUAUCUGGGCCAACCCAAGCGGUGGACGAAAACUAUGGGCGACAUAUUUGAAUCCUACGUUGCCGCAAUUAUUUUGUCUGACCCUGCCAAUGGCUACAGCAUAGCUGAGAAGUGGUUAAGGCGGUUGUGGACGCCGAAACUUACGAAUGCUGGAACGCAAAGGUCGUCUUUGAAUGCCAAAGAUGCUCUUGCUCGCAGAAUAAUGGGCAAGGGAGUGAAGCUUCAAUAUCUGGACGAGGAAAUUCCCAUCCAAGAAAGCGGGGGCAAACAAACGUUCUUUAUAGGGGUGUAUCUUACCGGCUGGGGAUGGACUAAUACACACCUGGGCUCAGGGCGGGGGCCAAAUAAAGCAAUUGCAGGAAAUGAAGCGGCAGAGCAGGCUUUGAGUAAUGAACCAUUGAUUGGCGAAGUCAUUAACGCGAAGAAAUCGCACGAGGCAAGCCGUCACUGACCACUACUUGAAUUUGUUGUGAGCCUGAUUCUGUAGGACCUGCGGAAUUAGAACUUCCUGCUAUCCUAUCGUCUUGUCAGCAUAAGAGUGUGGUUCAUCCAACUAGGACCCCCCAAAAAGCAUGGGUCAUAACGGCAAAACUUUUUAUAUCCCCUAACCAGGCAAGCUGCCGGACAUGACGCUUCAUUCAUGCGACCAGGCGGGUAGGAUUCAAAUCGCUAUCAAGAUUCUUGCUAUGACAACCUGGCAUUAGAGCUCUGAUAACUCUCUAAUAUUUAAGGGUUAUUGGAUGGCUGUCGGCAUGAUUGUCCCCUUAGGGAAAUGGUAUAUCAAGAAAGUCAAUGUAGCAUUUUGUAUAAGACAAAUCGAGCACCU